AAUAGGAAGACGAAGCUAUUGAAAGAGGCCGGCUGGCUGAGCAUCGGCUGCAGCUGGUUGGCCGGGCGGUAGAGGCGAGCAGCCAAUGGGGCGAGGGUCCCCUCUGGCGGAAGCGGAAGCCGGGAGGGAGCCAUGGCGAGGUCGGUGGCGGCGCGGCGGUUGUUUCUUGGCGACGCCUGGCGGGUCCGGGGCCUGGUCCCGCCUUUGCGGCCGGCCUCGAGCCGAGCGGGAGCGGCCCAGGCGGCGGAGUCGGAGUCGGAGGCGCUCAAGUGGGGGCUGCUGCUCAUCCCCGCCGCCGCCUUCGGGCUGGGCUCCUGGCAGAUUCAGCGCCGGGAGCGGAAGCUGCGCAUGAUCGCCGACUUACAGGCCCGGGUGUUGACGGAUCCGGUCCCGCUCCCUACAGACCCCAUGGAGCUGCGGGGCAUGGAGUUCCGCCCGGUGACGGUCCGGGGUCACUUUGACCACUCCAAGGAGCUGUACCUCCUGCCGCGCUCGCUGGUCGACCCCGAGAAGGAGGCGAGGGACGCGGGGAGGGUCCUGUCCAGCCCGGACAGCGGGGCCAACGUCCUCACCCCCUUCCACUGCACGGACCUCGGAAUCACAAUCCUCGUCAAUAGAGGUUUUGUCUCCAAGAAGAAACUGAAGCCGGAGACCAGGAUGAAAGGACAGGUCGAAGGGGAGCUGGACCUGACGGGGGUGGUGAGGCUGACCGAGCCCCGUCAGCCCUUCGUGCCGGAAAACGACCCCGAGCGGAACCGCUGGCACUACCGGGACCUGGAGGCCAUGGCGCGGGUGAGCGGCUCCGAGCCCGUCUGCAUCGAUGCCGACCACAAGAGCACGGUCCCCGGGGGGCCCAUCGGGGGCCAGACGCGGGUGACCCUCCGCAACGAGCACCUGCAAUACAUCCUGACCUGGUACGGCCUGUGCGCAGCCACGUCCUUCAUGUGGUACAAGAAGUUCAUCCAGAAGGUCCCUCGCUAGACUUCCCCGGGAGGAUCCACAGCUUCCCUUCACGGAGGAAACGGAGGCAAGUCUUGCCUGGUUCUAAGGAAAACCCAAGGACAGGUGCUUCUGAAACCCAUCCAGGUGCCUCCACAAACUGGACAUUAUAAUUAUAAAAAUAUAUAAUUAUAUAUUAUGUAGAUAACUAGCUGUGCCCGGCCGGCCACGCGUUGUUGUGGCAAAGUGUGGUGGUUUGGGAAAUAAAGUAUCGAGGAAUUGGUGGUAGAGUUCCGGUUAUCCGACAUAUGUGGGAUAACCAAAACUAUUGUGUAAUAGUAAAAAGGUGAAGGCAAGUGCGACAGGCAGCAAGGAGGAUUCCUGUGUUAUUUUCGCAGCGGAAUACAAAAUCUGGUUCUUUCAGGCAGCACUAAAUAAAAUCACAAGUUUUUAUUUCUUAAAAAUGUUCAUUUGAAAGCAAAAAGACUGGCAGAGAACACUCUAAAAUAUAGACAGAAUACAGGAAAAACAAAGAUUCCUCUGAGCCAAUUUUCUGUCCAGGCUUUUUAUUUGUAUGUACAGAAAAAACCAGAAUGAAGGGCCCUCUACCCGAGUUUCGUGGCCAAUUCCUUGGCUUUUGCCUUCUCCAAUUUCGCGAUACGGGCCACCGACUUCGGCCCCAAGACGUUCCCGCCCCAGUGGCGGCGGAUCUGGAAAACGGAGACGAAAAUGCAUUACAAUUACAGGCAAGGCUUCCUUUCAGAGCAGCGAAAAGCCGGCUGCUGAUCUCUAUAACAGGUUUCAAAAUCAGGGGUGCCGUGGUUUGAGCUAUGAAUAAGUCUCUCAUUGGUUUCAGCUGCUUAUUUAUGUGUCUUUAGGUUGUAAAUACAUUGCAAAUCUGACAUGAUAAAUAAGGCUGUAAAUACUGGGAGUCUUUUCUUAGGGAGAAAAAGUGGGGGAUAAAUAUAAAUAAUAAAAAAAUUAAAAUACUUACUGACAUUUAAGUACUGUAUUAAAGAUAUAAUAAAUAAUAAUAAUAAAAUA